GCUGCUGUGCGCCGCUCUGAGGGCGGGGUGCUCAAACGGACAGUUGGAUAGAGCGCAGCUUUCACAGGAGCCGCCUUCACGCGCGCGCUCUACCGGUGCCACCGCCGCCUUCACGCGCAGAAUAAUGGAACUAUCAGCUUUGUUAACGUGCUUCUUUUUAACGGCUGUCGCUAUUGCGACGGCUUUAGCGAGCAAACUAAACGUCCCACGUCUUCGCCUAUCAUACAAAGACCUAGUGGCUACUAAUCGUACCUCCAUCUUCUCUGGCCUGCAUGGGGACCUGCAGCUGUCGGCCAUGUUUUUGGACGAGUAUCACGACAGGCUCUUCCUGGGAGGAAAGGAUGUGCUCUAUUCUCUUAGACUGGACCACACACACACUGAUGCUAAAGAGAUCCACUGGCCACUGCCUGGGAACAGAGAAGACUGUAUCUCAAAAGGAAAGGAGCCAGAGACGGAGUGUGCUAAUUUUGUGCGUCUUCUCCACCCCUUUAACCGGACGCACCUCCUGGCAUGUGGAACCGGAGCUUUCCAACCCGUGUGUUCUCUCAUUUACGUCGGGCAUCGUGGAGAGCAUGCGUUCUCACUGGAGCCUUCCAGUGUGGAAAACGGGAGAGGACGAUGCCCUCACGACCCCAAACUCCCGUUCGCCAGCACCUUCACCAGUGGGGAGCUGUACACAGGUCUGACGGCUGAUUUCCUGGGACGUGACUCUGUAAUUCUGAGGAGUUUGGGGCAUCGAUCUCCUAUGAGGACCGAAACGGACCAGAAAAUAUUAGACGAGCCCAGGUUUGUGGCUGCACACCUCAUUCCAGACAGCGCAGAUAAAGACGAUGAUAAAGUCUACUUCUUUUUUACCGAAAGAGUGAGUGAGGCUGGGGAGAGAGAAGGAGACGCGGCAAUACACACACGGAUUGGACGAGUGUGUGCGAAUGACGUUGGAGGGAAGAGAGUACUGGUGAAUAAAUGGAGUACGUUUAUUAAAGCUCGUCUGGUGUGUUCUGUUCCUGGACCUCACGGCAUUGACACACACUUUGACCAACUGGAGGAUGUGUUUCUACUGAGGACUAAGGAUGAAAAAAAUCCAGAAGUUUAUGCCAUCUUCAGCACCAUCAGUAACGUGUUCCAGGGCUAUGCUGUGUGUGUGUAUAACAUGGCUGAUAUUCGUGAGGUGUUCAAUGGUCCCUUUGCUCAUAAAGAGGGACCGGAUUAUCAGUGGGGACCUUAUGAAGGACGUGUCCCAUAUCCCAGACCUGGAGUGUGUCCCAGUAAGAUCACUGCUCAGCCUGGUCGUAUGUUCGGCAGCACUCUGGAAUUCCCGGAUGCUGUUUUGCAGUUUGCUCGCUCCCAUCCUCUCAUGUGGCGGGUUGUGUACCCGACUCAUCGCCAGCCCCUGCUCUUACGCACCUCCACACCCUACAGACUCACACACAUCACCGUUGACCGCACGCUGGCCGAGGACGGCCCUUACGACGUCAUGUUCAUCGGCACAGAUGUUGGCACAGUCUUGAAAGUCAUCGCACUGCGCAAUGGCAACUCGGUCACCAGUGAGGAGAUCACUCUGGAGGAACUGCAGGUCUUCAAGAUGCCAACUCCCAUUACCUCCAUGGAGAUCUCGGUGAAGCGGCAAUCGCUGUUUGUGGGCUCGAGUGCUGGUGUUGCACAGGUUCCUCUGCAUCGCUGCAGCAUGUACGGUAAAGCGUGUGCUGAGUGCUGCCUGGCACGAGACCCCUACUGCGCCUGGGACGGACAAACCUGCACACGCUAUGUUCCCAAUGCUAAACGUCGCUACCGAAGACAGGACAUCAGACACGCCAACCCAGCCCUGCAAUGCAGAGACCAGAACCAGAGCGUGGAAGACGUGGACAUGGUUGAAGUGCGAGUUGUCUAUGGCACAGAGAACAACAGCACCUUUCUGGAGUGUGUCCCUCGAUCUCCACAAGCCACCGUCACCUGGCACAUUCAGCGAGAUGAACAUCUGGAAGAGGUGGAGCUGGACGAGCGAGUGGUAAAAACAGACGAAGGUUUGCUGUUCAGGCGAGUGUUGCGACACGAUGAAGGUGUCUACGUCUGCCGCUCGCGGGAACAUGGGUUUUCUCAGAUGCUCUCGCGUGUGUGGUUGGAUGUGUUACAAGGAGACACCCUCGCUGACUUACUGUCACAAGACAAUAAACACAAAAUUUGGUCUCCAUGUCCUGCCCAUAUGAACUCAGCUAACCGAACGCCAUCCAGGGGCUGGUUUAAGGACGUCUUGCAGCUGAUUGGUCCAUCAAACCUUCCUCAAGUAGAACAAUACUGUGAGCGCGUCUGGUGCAAUGAAAAACUGCGGCGGAAGCACAAGAACAUGAUGGACAAAUACAGACAGGCGCAGGAAGUAGCACGGAAAACCAGAGUCAGCAAGAACGCCGGGGAACGGAAUCGUAUGCCGCGAGACACACACGCAGUAGAGUGACGUACGCAGAGACGUACGGACACAGAGACAAGAGUUAGAACAUUGUAUAACACAUCUCUCAAGCAUAAAGACGUUGACAUUCAAACAUACACGCUGCUCACACGGAGUAAAGAGGUGGAACGCGUGCCAUCGGCAAAGCUCUGCAGAACUGGGGAGCAAAUUUUAUAUUACAUUUUCUUUAUUAACGUAUUAUUGCGAUGCCAUUUGUCAUAAUUUGACGACAGUUGCCAUAUCAACAGAAGAAACAGACACAAUGUGGACACACACACACACACACACACUUUAUUAAAUUUCUGUUUACUGUAGUUUUCUACUGUACGCACUGAAAAGCUCUGGGCCAAAGACCUUUAUGAUCAUCCAGAUAUUAAAAGUGCUUGCAGUUUAUUUUAUUUUAUUUUAUUUUAUUUUAUUUUAUUUUAUUUUAUUUUGACCAACUUGUUAACCUGAUUUAUUUCGAAGCUGUAAUUUGCUAAUUUAUUUGGCUGUUACUGCAAGCUACUGGUUAUAAGUGGAUUAAGUGAGGCAUAAAACAUGAUGGGGUGUGCAGUGAAAGGAAAAUGAUCAACAGUGUACUGGUGUGAGGAUACCAGUUAUAUAAUCUAAUAUAUCAAGUGUUUAAUUCCUCUUAUACCACAGCAGUUUGCCGACACUAACAACAUUGUAUUUAUUAAUGAACAUUGUGCAUUAAAUCUGUUUAGAGUUAUAUUUAAUGUUGUAGAUCGUCUCCAAAAACAGGUUCGUUCUCAUUAUUUCUUACCUUGUAGCAGCUAUAAGCAGCCGUUUCCUUAAUAAUCCGCCUUUUUCCUCUUUUUGGAUGUUAAUAAGACAACAAACAAACAAACAAAAUCCACUUUAUUGAAGAUUGAAAACCUUUACUGUUACAAAGUGGAGACUCCUUCCGAAAAAAAAACAUGCUGAAUAAACAAAUCUCUAAAAUGAAUCUCCUUACAGAACGUUUUCUAAUAUUAAAGAUUAUUCGGUGCAUCUGGUGCGUCCAUCAAAUGCGUCCUUUGUGAGUAAUAAUAAUUAUUUUGCUAUUCAAAUGAGCAGAUUAGCAGAAACCUGACAACCGGAAUUACUGUCCAAACUAUAAAGAAAUAAUCAACAUCAUUUGCAAUUUGAAUAUUCAACAUUGCUGUGGUAUAAAAAUAAAUAUAAAAAAACCGCCAAUAAAAUCUGUUGUAUAUUCACAAGUGGAGGCUUGGUGGUUAGCAUGUUUGAGUCACACCUCCAUGACUGCUGGUUUAAUUCCUGCCAUGUGUGUGGAGUUUGCAUGUUCUCCAAGGAUUUCCUCUGGGUUCUCGAGUUUCCUCCCCCAAUUCAAAGAUAUAUAUAUUGUAGGCUGAUUGGCAUUUCUGUUAUGUGUAUGCGAAUGUGCCAUGGGUUAGACUGCCAUCCUGUCUAGGGGGGUACCCUGCCUUGUGCCCAGUGUCUCCUGGUAUAGGCUCCAGGUUCCCCAUAACCCUGUCUAGGAUAAGCAGUGUAGAGAAUGGAUGCAUGGAUAUUUACAGUAUAUUUACUCAUAACUAUAGCUUCACUCUCUUUUUGGUGCGUAAAUGUUACACAUGGUCAUACUUCUAGCGCCUAGAGCAGGGAUGUCCAAUCUUAUCCAUAAAGGGCCGGUGUGGGUGCAGGUUUUCUUUCCAAUCAAGCAGGAGACACACCUGAAUCCACCUGCUUGAUCAACUGAUCCUGGCUUUCAGUAGACUCAGGUGUGGCUUCUACUCGGUUGGAAUGAAAACCUGCACCCACACCAGCCCUUUGUGGGUCACCCCUGUCCUAGAGCAGGGAUGUCCAAUCUUGUCCGAAAUCCAUUCCAAUCAUAUCCAUUUCUGGAUAAGAUUGGACACCCCUGUCCUAGAGGAUGUACAAAGGUACUCACUUGGAAUAUAAAGGUUUUGAAAGUGUAGUUGAAAGCAAGGAAUGAAAAUGUUACCUGUAUGUUAUUAUUUCUGAAGGUGGUGGAUAAAAAUUUCAGCUGUUGGAUUUUCACGUCCUAGGCAUUAAUGUUCCGACUAAGGCACUGUAAAAACACUGAAUUACAAAAGUACAAUAAGCUUAAAUGUCCAGAUUGCUUUGGAAAGUGAAGAAAGCCUUUUCUUUUCUUUAAAAUAUCUCCAUUCGGUUGUAUAAAUGAAGAAGGAGCCAAGUCUGCAUGGUUGUUUGGUUUGCUUUUCUUUUUUUUCCCCCCUUCUCCAUUAAGCCUAGACGCUUUCACAUCACUCCCUUCAGUGAUUCAUUUGCUCUAACAGAAGUCUGGAAACACACAUUCUGCUUUCUUUGAAAAUAUUUCUGUUGAUUUUAUCUACCCUGAUUCAGAAACCAGUGUCAGAAUAUAGAUCCAUCUGAAUCAUUUGCUUUUGCGUUACCAGAUUUGAAAAAAUCUUACAGAAAUAACAUCAGAGCUGUUAAUGGUAUUAAUUCAGUCUUCUACUAAAUGACUGGGUUAUAAGUGUAAUUGAGUUCAGCUUUUAGUGCAUCCAUUUGCAGAAUGUACAUUUUUGAUAAGUCAUUUUAUACAAGGUGUAUGAAUACACUUAAUACCUUUGUUGUGUUUAUAGCUUUUUUUGCCAGAAGAAAAGUGGUUGUUAUUGUGGGAAAAAAAAUGCUAUAGACAUGCUCCAGGUUUUAUUGUAAAUUAUCAUUACGAGUCAAAUUAUUUGUUACAUGUUAGAUGUGACCCAUUAGGGGUUUUUUGUUUGUUUAUUUGUUUGUUUUUUGAUGGAUAUAGUGCCAGAACAUUUUUCAGUGUCAUCCCUAUAGUUAUCUUAACUUUGUACUAGUCUAAUGUUAGCUACUCCAAACAUACACUAAUAGAUGAUGACCUUGAAAUACAGUAUUCUCCAUUUACCUACAUGUCCUUCAACUAAGUGAGGGCAAUACCAUAAGCCUCAGACACACCACAGACCCUUGAACUAUCACACUGUGCUCCACUGGCAAUCCUUAGGGGUAAUACUAAAAAAAAAUUGAACUAUACUUAGCAGUGAUACAGAAAAAGUGUAGAUAAUUGAUGUUAACUAUGUACUAGUCUAAUGUUAGCUACGUCGAACACACACUAAUAGGUCUUAUGUGAGACUGGGGACAGGGGUGGAGUUUCUAGGGUGUCAGUUAAUAUCAGAGAUUACAAAAUACCUGCACAACUUCUCGUCUGUUAUAGACCAAAAUUUUACAUUUUACAAUAUACAUAAAUUCUGUAUUCUCUCAUCAUAGGUUAAAAUACUAUUCAAAGACUGUACAAACAUUUCAAGCAUAGCAGCUCCAGAGAUCUUCUUCAGUUUUUCUUAACACUGCAUCCAAAAGCCAAGACUGUACGCAUAUAGACCGAUUUUAACUAACAGACUGAUACUCAUUUCAACACUGUACAUUCAUUUUAUCUCACAUACCACGUGUGUGUGAAGAAUUUGUAUGGUUAUAUGUCAUGUAUUUAUGUCUUAUUUAAAACAGAUCCUUGCAUGCAGAGUGUACAGAUGUGGGUUUUGUCUUUAAAGAUAAGUGAAUAAAAUGGAAUAAAUAUGUUC